UUAACUUGCAGAUCUAAAGGUUAGCUAACCACUCUUCAGAAAAGUUUCAAAAUGAAGUGCUUAGUGUUAUUGGCAUUCGUAGCCGUCGCCUUUGCCGGCUCCAUACAACUGCCAGAGUACGGGAUUUCGCCAAUCGAUAAUGAUAGUGAAAUUGAAGUCAUCUACGAGAACGAAGCUGGAAACGUAGAAAUUGCUCCUCGCUUUAUUGUAUCGUGGCAGGCACGCCGCGCCAUUCGUAAACUGCAGAAGCAAAUGCCUUGCGGUUUCCCAAGUUACGGAAUUCCUCCGCUAGCGCCUUUGAAAAAGAGAGAAGCUUCCGUUCAUUUGAAAUAUGACUUGUUGGAAACCACUGAUCUGUUUACCCGUUUGCGCGUAGAUGGCUUGGAUGAUUUCAAAAUCAAUAAGUUCAAGCUGAACAUGAUUAUCUCGAAAAUUACUUUCGAUUUCACCUUCCCAAGCAUAACUGUAUCCGCUGCUGCAUUUGAAACCGACACUAUUAUUGAUGCAUUGCAGAAACUUGGAAUCUCCGUGCAAUACGAAGGUGAUGGUUCAUUGGGUUUCGGCUUGAAAAAUUUGCGUAUUGCUGGUACACUAAGAUACAAAAUACCCAUCUUGUGGGGAUCCAUCAAAAUCCUCUCAUUGAAAACCACUGUUUCAUUGGAUAGUUGCGAGUCUGACAUCACCGGUAUCUUAGGCGAUGGCAAACUAAAUGAUCUGAUUAAUCGUAAACUGGAAAGUGUGGUCGUAUCGAGCAUAAACGACAAUCAGGCAUCGAUUUCCGAUACUAUUGAGAGCAACGUAGUAACACGUGUGAACAAGUUGCUUAAGGGCAAAGACUUCUGGACUAUAUUGGAUUUGAUUAUAAAUAAAGAUGAGAGUGAAGAUGACCCAAUUACCACAACAUGUGACCCGCCAGAGGAUCCUUGGGCUUAAAGGAAACUACAUAUUUGUUUAAAAUUUGAAGGAUAUUAAUUUUGUAUAAAUAUUGUCUUAAUAAAAGUUAAUACAAUGACAA